GGCAAACAACCCAGAAUUGCUUCAAUUCCUCGCCCAAGAGAAAGAAAGAGCAAUGGUGAAUGAAAUGGUGGCGAAGAUGACAAGUGUGUGUUGGGACAAAUGCAUCACAAGCGCGCCGGGAAGUAAGUUCAGCUCGAGCGAGAGUUCUUGCCUCACUCAUUGUGCGCAACGCUACAUGGAUAUGAGUAUGAUCCUCAUGAAACGCUUUCAGCAGCAGUAAGAUUGAUGAAGUUGAUUUGUUAUCAUACUUGUUGGAAUUUGAAUUUAUCCUUUUUGUGUUUCUCUUGGCAAGUGUUCAAAACCUUUUUAUUACUCUAGUGAUCUUGCAAGAGUAUUCUCGGAUAAGUGUUUUAGGACUCCUUAUUGUUAUGUGAUUGAGAUUGUUAUUGAUGGCUAGUAAUAGAGUAUGAAACUUUGU